UUUUUAAUAUACGGAAUAAAUAGUUGACAUCAUUUAAAACACUUUAUUCUUUUAUUAAACAAGUUUUGAGACCUAGUCCCUCCACACAAUGGAAACAGCAAGCACUCCAUGUAAAGUACAUCAGUGUUCUAAGUGUCCGGGGGACACAGAGUACUAUUGUGUAUCGUGUCAAUAUGAUCUGUGUCCCCAGUGUAAAAAGAGCCAUGUAAAAGAUCUCCAAACAAUAGACCAUGAUGUUUUGUCACACCGUAAUAGAUUCAACUACAUCCCAAAAGAAGAGUAUUGUGUGAGACACCCCGACAUGCUACUUGGAAUGUACUGUGAACCUUGUGAACUCCCUGUCUGUUUCCAUUGCACACAGCAUAAAGAACACAGGACACUAGAUAUUAGAGCAAUUUAUAAAAAAACGCGACAACAACACAGAGGAACCAUUCACACCAUCAGAAGUGACGCUCUCUUUUACAGACCUGUUCUCCUGCCACGAAUCAAAACUGAUUUCAAAACCUGUCGCACAGAAUUCUCCCUCUAUCAAUCAGAGAUGUUAACAAAGGCCCAGAAACUGAAGCAUCUCAUUGACUAUAUACAAAACGAUUUCAUGUGUAAUGUGUUCUGUGACUUUGAUUUCAAACACAGAUGUUUAAAACAGAAAAAAGAAAUGAUCAUACACAUUGUCAGCCUACAGAGACAUGUACACAUAUAUGAACAGAGGAGAGUAAUCAGACCGCUACAAUUCCUCACCUCCAUAAAGACAGCCCUUCCCCAGAUACAUCCUACACUCCACACCAGCCAGCUCUCCAUGACUCAGUCACUCAACAAGGAGGAUGUCAUGGAGUCACUGAGUGUAAUCCAAAUCACAGAGAGAGGAAACCGACGCGUAGGAAACCAGUGUCUGCUGAAACUGACGUCUGUUCCUGAGUUCCAUCAAUCUCUCACAGUGACAGGUGCUGGUGGUUGUUUUCACAUUUCCUGUGUGACAUCAGACCGGGUCUGGGUCAGUGAUGAUAGAAACAAUCUCAUGUUGACAGACACAACAGGUGUCCCUCUAUAUCAUGUGGUGGAUUCAUGGAGUGAUUUCUAUGGACACACAGUGAACAGUGAGAGUGAACUGAUUUAUAUAGAUAGGAAUUAUAACAUCAACAAACUGUCAAAGGACAUGAAAACAACCACCACAUUUAUAGAGAGAACAGAAUCUACAUGGAGACCACGGUGUGUGUACUGGUCCCCGUCCACUGGGCAUCUACUGGUCGGAAUGUGUUAUAAUAGACAUACAAAGACAGGCAAGGUAACCCGGUACAACCAGAGUAGACAACUGACACAAACCAUACAACAUGACAACACUGGACUGCGACUGUAUAGUCAGCCUCACUAUAUAACAGAGAAUAACAAUGGGGAUGUCGUGGUGUCUGACUUAUUGUUUGGUGCUGUAGUGGCGACAGACCGUGAAGGAAGACAUCGUUUCUCCUACACAGGACAUCCAUCAGGAUCAGGACUAAAGCCAUGGGGAAUCUGUACUGACGCACUGUCACACAUCCUGGUGUGUGAUGAUAGAACCAAAACAGUACAGAUGUUAGACAUGGACGGUCAGUUCCUGUCACAUCUACUGACAGAAUCACAAGAGAUGGGUAGACCAUGGGGCCUGAGCUAUGAUGUCAACACUCACCGUCUCUGGGUCGGAUCGGAGGACAACAACAAGGUGUGUGUCUACAGGUAUAUCACCAGACAGGACGCUCUGACAGAUCAAAGUCGUGUGAUGGAGUCACUGAGUGGAAUCCCAAUCCCAGGGACAGAAAAACCACAGCAAGAAAACAAGUGUCUGCUGAAACUGAUGUUAAUUCACUCUCUCACAGUGACUGGUGUUAAUCGUUCUUAUCACAUUUCCUGUGUGACAACAGACCGGGUCUUGGUCAGUGAUAAAUACAAUAUCAUCUUGACAGACGCAACAGGUGUCCCACUACAUCGUGUGCAGGAUCCAUGUAGUUGUGAUAUAUUUAUUGGUAAUGGAUCACACACAGUGAACAGUGAGAGUGAACUGAUUUAUAUAGAUAGGAGUUUUAACAUCAAAAAACGGUCAAAGGAUAUGAAAACAACCACCACAUUUAUAGAGAGAACAGACUCUACAUGGAGACCACGGUGUGUGUACUGGUCCCCGUCCACUGGGCAUCUACUGGUCGGAAUGUGUUAUAUACAUACAAAGACAGGCAAGGUAACCCGGUACAACAAGAGCGGACAACUGACACAAACCAUGCAACAUGACAACACUGGACUGCGACUGUAUAGUCAGCCUCACUAUAUAACAGAUAAUAACAAUGGGGAUGUCGUGGUGUCUGAUUUUUUGUCUGGUGCUGUAGUGGUGACAGAGCGUGGAGGAAGACAUCGUUUCUCCUACACAGGACAUCCAUCAGGAUCAGGACUAUGGCCACGUGGAAUCUGUACUGAUGCACUGUCACACAUCCUAGUAUGUGAUGAUAGAACCAAAACAGUACAGAUGUUAGACAAGGACGGUCAGUUCCUGUCACAUCUACUGACAGAAUCACAAGAGAUGGGUAGACCAUGGGGCUUGAGUUAUGAUGUCAACACUCACCGUCUCUGGGUCGGAUCGGAGGACAACAACAAGGUGUGUGUCUACAGGUAUAUCACCAGAAAGGACGCUCUGACAGAUCAAAGUCGUGUGAUGGAGUCACUGAGUGGAAUCCCAACCCCAGGGACAGAAAAACCACAGCAAGGAAACCAGUGUCUGCUGAAACUGAUGUCUCCCCCCGAGUUACUUCACUCUCUCACAGUGACAGGUGUUGAUUGUUGUGAACACAUUUCCUGUGUGACAUCAGACCGGGUCUGGAUCAGUGAUUAUAGAAACAAUCUCAUGUUGACAGACACAACAGGUGUCCCUCUACAUCAUGUGGAUUCAUGUCGUGGUUUAUAUGGAGGAUCACACACAGUGAACAGUGAGAGUGAACUGAUUUAUAUAGAAAGGAAUGAAAACAUCAAUAAACUGUCAAAGGAUAUGAAAACAACCACCACAUUUAUAGAGAGAACAGACUCUACAUGGGGACCACGGAGUGUGUACUGGUCCCCGUCCACUGGGGAUCUACUGGUCGGGAUGUGUUAUAUAAAUGACUAUACCAUGACAGGCAAGGUAACCCGGUACAACCCGAGUGGACAACUCACACAAACCAUAAAACACGACAACACAGGACGGGGACUGUAUAGUGGACCUACCUAUAUAACAGAGAACAACAAUGGGGAUGUCGUGGUGUCUGACUAUAAGUAUGUGUUUGGUGCUGUAGUGGUGACAGAGCGUGGAGGAAGACAUCGUUUCUCCUACACAGGACAUCCAUCAGGAUCAGUACUAUUGCCACGUGGAAUCUGUACUGACGCGCUGUCACACAUCCUAGUGUGUGAUAGAUGGACCAAAACAGUACAGAUGUUGGAUAAGGACGGUCAGUUCCUGUCACAUCUACUGACAAAAUCACAAGAGAUGCGUGAACCAUGGGGCCUGAGUUAUAAUGUCAACACUCACUGUCUCUGGGUCGGAUCACGGGACAACAACAAGGUGUGUGUCUACAGGUAUAUCACCAGACAGGACGCUCUGACAGAUGAACACAGACCCCGUCCUGAUGAUGAGGUCAUGUUUAGCUCAACACCAGCCGUAUAAUGGAGAUAGCUUGGAUAUUGACAGAUAUGAAGACUGCUAUUGAAUACAAACAUUGUCGAUUCCUGACCAUGAUUUUCCAUUUAAAGUAUCCAACACAGUUUAUGGUGGAAUCAGACCAAAUAUUUCCUAAGGAGACGGAUAACCGGUAUCUUAUUCCGUGAUAUAACUGACCGUGUGUUUAUAGCUCUACGUAGACUUAUUGAGUGAUGUAACGGACCGUGUGUUUGUAGCUCUACACAAACUUAUUCAGUGAUGUAACGGACCGUGUGUUUAUAUUUAUUCAAUGAUGUAACAGACCGUGUGUUUAUAGCUCUACACAGACUUAUUCAGUGAUGUAACGGACCGUGUGUUUAUAGCUCUACACAGACAUAUUCAGUGAUGUAACGGACCGUGUGUUUAUAGCUCUACACAAACUUAUUCAGUGAUGUAACGGACCGUGUGUUUAUAGCUCUACACAAACUUAUUCAGUGAUGUAACGGACUGUGUGUUUAUAGCUCUACACAAACUUAUUCAGUGAUGUAACGGACCGUGUGUUUAUACAUGUAUUUAUUCAGUGAUGUAACGGACCGUGUGUUUAUAGCUCUACACAAACUUAUUCAGUGAUGUAACUGACCGUGUGUUUAUAUUUAUUCAGUGAUGUAACGGACCGUGUGUUUAUAGCUCCACACAAACUUAUUCAGUGAUGUAACGGACCGUGUGUUUAUAGCUCUACACAAACUUAUUCAGUGAUGUAACGGACCGUGUGUUUAUAUUUAUUCAAUGAUGUAACAAACUGUGUGUUUAUAGCUCUUCACAUUUUUGCACAUCAUGUUGUGGGGGUUUUCCCCCCAAGUAAUCUCACUUAUGAUUCACAUUUGAUGUACAUGAAAGUGAAUAAAAUAAAUAUAACUAUCCAUUUAGUAAUAUCUUUUUAUUAGUCAGACUCUGUGCAGUUUACAAAAGAACAGGGAAACA